CCAUCGUGCAUUUGUUGAUAUCUUAAAAUCAACACAAACCUUAAAAUCGCGAAAAUGCACGUAACUUAAUUGUAAUUUUCAAAAAACAACUGUGAUAAGAUACUCCAAUCAACAUAUUUCGCAUUUAAGUUUUCGGACCUUUCAAUGUCAAAAGCCCGCGCCAACUGUUGAGUUAGUAUUAGUCCCAAAAAAUCACAAACUAAAAAUUGUCCACGUUAAACAUCAUGUCUGGCGAAAUUCGAAUAAAACAAAAGAACCUGAUAAUUCUCCUGGGAUUCGUGUUGCUCGUGAUUUUCCUCAUCCAAAGCAGAAAAUGUCGCGAACCGAGUGCCGUCAUUCAAGAGGAACCGGAAUCCGGAGAUGACCUUCCCAUCAUUUAUGCCAUUACCCCCACUUAUUACCGUCCCGUACAGAAAGCCGAGUUAACGCGACUCUCGCAAACCAUCAUGUUAGUGCCAAACAUCUACUGGGUGAUUGUCGAAGAUGCCGAUGAAGUCACCGAAUUAGUCACAAAUGUCCUCAAACGAAGCGGUUUGUACAAACGUAGCGUACAACUAACGGCAAAGACACCGGAUGACCUUAAGCUGAAGCAGAAAGAUCCGCAUUGGUCAAAGCCACGCGGCGUAGAUCAACGAAACACAGCACUCGAAUGGGUCAAGCAACGAAUUGUCGAAAGUUCACCGCGUCGCACAAUUGUUUAUUUCAUGGACGACGACAACGCGUACAGCGUGCAGUUAUUUAAGGAAAUGUCGAAUAUCGAGCUUGGGCGAGUCGGAGUAUGGCCCGUUGGAUUAGUCGGAGGAUUAAUGGUCGAAAAACCGAUUGUAGAUGAAAAUAACGUCGUGACAGGCUUCAAUGCUGCCUGGCGACCCGAACGACAAUUUCCCAUCGACAUGGCGGGCUUUGCCAUUUCCGGAAGUCUUUUUAUGAAAUUUCCAAGUGCCAAAUUCAGUGCUGACGUAGAACGAGGAUAUCAGGAAACGGAGAUUUUAAGACAUAUAACGACAGUGAAUCGCCUUCAACCGCUGGCAAAUGGGUGUACGGAAGUGCUUGUGUGGCACACGCGGACCGAAGCACCCAAACUUCGCGAGGAAGAAAAACUCAAGAAACAAGGAAAACGAUCUGACGAAGGAAUGGAAGUUUAAUUACGACUUUUCUUCUCAUUUUAUUAACGAUUUUGAUGAAUUUUUUUAGACGUUCAAUGCUCAAACGAAAUCUUUUCUCGAUGUUAAAUUAGUGACGUAAGCUUAAAAAGGAAUUAAAAAUCAUAGUCUUCUAAUGUAUUAUACAAGAAAAUAUUAAAGAACAAAAAUAGUAUGAUAAAAAAUAAUUAUAUAUGAUCAAAUUUACCAGUAAAUUAGAAAAAAAAUUUAAAAAAUG